CGCCCACGCUUUGUGUCCCCUAAGCUGAAGUAGGCCUAACAGAAUAAGAAAAAAAGGCUGCGACCAUAAUAGGACAUGGUCGCCUCGCCCUCACGGGACGCGGUGAUGAUGCACAAGAGUCACGGAUUUCUGCACGUAGAAGCGGAGGGGCGUGGCCACGUCACGGCCUCGCAGCAUGCCAGUUUUUCAUAGGUUGAUGGAGUAGACGAAAAGAAAUAAUAAAAACAUCUGCGUGCGGCUACGUGCGCUUCUCCUCGCAAGCUCCCGUAUGAGACGAAUUCCAAGAGAAAAGGAGGGAGGCACCGGCUGAGAACUAAAACUGCUGCAGCUCACCGAGGGUCAUCGUUUUUGGUCCGGGCCGGUACACACGACAGCUCAUAGCGCCGGCGGGCGGGUUCUGCAAAGCCUUUUUUUUUCACCACCACCUGAAGAUCUCCUCCUCUCUGCAUCCUUCAGUUGGAGAAAAAAGAAAAGAACUUUCAUCCAGCUAGACGUCAGAAGAUGGAAGGCCAGCAAAAGCAGGUGACAGGUUAUCUCCUGUUCUCUCUCGGCACCGCCGUCAUCGGCUCUCUGCAGUUUGGUUACAACACAGGAGUCAUCAAUGCUCCCGAACAGAAACUACGAUCUUUCUUCAACAAUACCUGGGUUGAGCGGUAUGGCAAGCCCAUCAGCCCGGGGGUGUGUACCAUCGUCUGGAGCAUCGCCGUCGCCAUCUUCAGUGUCGGCGGCAUGGUGGGCUCCUUCAGCGUAGGCGUCAUGGCCAACCGAUUUGGCAGGCGCCGCUCCAUGUUCCUGGUGAACUCUCUGGCGGUGAUCGGCGGCCUCCUCAUGGGCUUCUCCACCAUCUGCUCCUCCUAUGAGAUGGUGAUCGCCGGUCGCCUGGUCAUCGGCCUGUUCUGCGGCCUCUUUACCGGCCUGACUCCCAUGUAUGUGGGCGAGGUGUCGCCCACUCCCCUCCGAGGCGCCUUCGGCACUCUUCACCAGCUCGGUGUGGUGGUGGGCAUCCUGAUCGCUCAGAUCUUUGGCCUGGAGGCUCUGCUGGGCUCAGCCAAGAUGUGGCCCCUGCUGCUGGCCCUCACCGUGGCCCCUGCUGUGCUGCAGUGCAUCCUGCUUCCCUUCUGUCCCGAGAGCCCUCGCUUCCUGCUCAUCAACCUGAAUAAGGAGGAGCAGGCACGCAAAGUACUGGUGCGUCUGCGUGGCAGUGAGGAUGUGAGUAAGGACAUGCAGGAGAUGAAGGAGGAGAGCGCUAAGAUGGCCAUGGAGAAGAAGGUGACCAUCCCCGAGCUUUUCCGCGUCGCGGCGUUUCGUCAGCCCCUCCUCAUCGCCGUCAUGCUGCAGCUCUCCCAGCAGCUGUCGGGGAUCAACGCUGUGUUCUACUACUCGACAGGCAUCUUUGACUCAGCCGGUGUGAAACAGCCCAUCUACGCCACCAUCGGAGCCGGCAUCGUCAACGUCAUCUUCACCAUUGUUUCUCUCUUCCUGGUAGAGAAGGCGGGACGGAGGACUCUGCACCUCCUGGGAUUGGGUGGAAUGGCGAUCAGCGCCGUGCUCAUGACCAUCUCCCUCCUGCUGGUGAGUUUUAGCACUGUCACUGUUAACCCUUUGAACUCUUUGUCCACCAGUGCCGCCGUUGGUGUUUUUGCUUAUAAUCAAAUGAAUCAAGAUGUCAUUGGUCUGAUGUUUUCUCUCCCUCUUUCUGAGCAGAAGGACAUUCCCGUUAUGAGCUACAUGGCCAUCGUCGCCGUCAUGCUGUUUGUGGCCAUGUUUGAGCUGGGCCCCGGUCCAAUCCCAUGGUUCAUUGUGGCCGAGCUGUUCUCCCAGGGGCCCCGCCCGGCCGCCAUGGCUGUGGCCGGCUGCUGCAACUGGACGGCCAACUUCCUGGUUGGAAUGAGCUUCCCCAAACUAGUGGAGUGGUGCGGGCCUUGGGUCUUCCUCAUCUUCACCGCCUUCCUCAUCUUCUUUUUCAUCUUCACCUUCAUCAAAGUCCCAGAGACGAGGGGCAAGACCUUCGACGAGAUCGCCCGCGGCUUCGGCGGCGCCCUGCCUACGACCUCCUCGUCUGUGGAGGACCCUCCCGCCAGCGUCAGCACCGCCACCACACUCCCCGCCUCGCCGGCGAAGGAGAAGGUCCCGCUGGUGGCGGCGCCGGCAGCAGCUCCGCCUCCUGCAGCUGAAAACACGCCCCUGGAAGAGAAAACCCAAUCGACAGCGCAGCAGAGUUUGUAGAGCCGCUGUAGAUAAGAGUUUAAUGGCUGAAGGGGGGUUAUAAAUGAAGGAAGAAUCACAGAGAUUACAAAGAUUAGCUGUAAAUUGUAGUCAAUUAUCACACCUUGGAACUAUAGAAGCGAUAUAAUUUUUAUAACAGACCUACCGAGAACAACAGCAUAAUCAACUUGUAGGCUUUGGCCCUUUAAAAGGUCAUGCUUUCUGCUUUCACGGUAACUCCUUCAACUUCUUAUUUUUCUGUGACAUUUCCUCCGCUUCCUUCUAUUUAAAUCCUCCCUUCCUUAACUUUGAAAGGGAAGCAGUCACUGUACAAUACUACAGAUAAUAUCUACUGUACAUUCCUAGGAAUUAAGCUACAUUCAUUGAAAGGGUGAGUCGUUUUCAAGACAGCUCUGUGUCUAGUCUGGACGACACGGCAAACGCAGCUCGUGUUGAUGGAAAUAGUUCCUAACAGGAGUCCAGGUAGACUAGAGGCAGACUGUGUUGACAAUGGCGCAGCCUUUUGUGCAAGUCCAUUCACUUCUGAGUUCAGGUCCAUGAAGUGUGAGUUAGACAUGGAUAGCAAUGACACACCUUUUCUUUCUCAUUCUUUUUUCUUUUUUUUUUAAAGUUUAGACAGGUGUUACAGUGGGUAUGUUAGUGCAAUAUAACUUUGUAGUUUCAUUCUGUACAUUUUUUUGAUUAGGUGUUUAAUCUGUUAGAUCUUGUUGAUGUUUCCGGAAGUGUUCUCAAGUCACGGGUCUAUGUUCACACUUGGCGUCUUUUUUGAAGCUGCCAGCGUCUGUUUUACGUUUAUAAUCCUAUUGAAUAAGCCGUGUUUUCAAAAAAGUACGGAGGGCUUCUUCUUCUUUUUUCUGCAGCUCAUGGUGUCUUUUUGAAGAUUAAAAAAGUUCAACUUUUCUGAAGAAAAAAAAACACCCUACGUAUGCGCUGUCGAUAUCUUCUAUAACAGACGCGAUGGUGGAAUCUACACAUCUCAAUUCUCCAGCAGCAGCCAUCUUUGUUGUCAACAAAUUCAACCCAAGCCCUCUUUGGUGAUGUGGUUGAUUAUGUCACUGUUUAUCAUUUGUCCAUCAUCGUAUAAAGCCCGCCCUGACAAUUUGAUUGGUCCGAACAGCUCUGGUUCGAGAAUAGUUGCUCCACAAUGGAUCAAGUCCAGACCGAACUUCCCGACCUCAAAUGUUGUGGGCGGGGCUAAGUUCGGCUGGCAUCCAGGCUAAUUAGCACUGCUCCUCAUAGCGCUCUAGGAUACUGUAACAGUAGCUGUUGUUAUAGCAUCAAAAGACGCUCUCGGCUGCUUUUUGGAAUCAAAACGCUGCCCGCUUCUUCUUUUUUUAACUACAAAAGCGCCCUAGUCAACCUUUUCUUGUUAAAAAAGACGCCAAGUGUGAACAAAGCCUAAGAAGGGUGAUGGUCUGCCUUCAGCUGUUGACUACGAGCUCACAGACUGGAGAGCUUUUUUAGCAAAUGCCAAAGUAGCCUACUGAACUUUAAUUGCCACCUGGUCAGCACAUGUAACCUCAAACGUGUUUUCUUCUGGUUGUUAAAGUCAGGGUGGGAAAUUAGCAGGAGCCACAGGUCUCAAGUUCGUUCAUUCCGAAAGCUAAAUUGGUGGUCAAAGCUGUGAUCCCCCAGUUUAUUUAACUUCCUUUAGUUUAGGCGACUCUUGCUCUCAUUUAGAGGUCAUGUCCUGCUCGUUCUUCAAUUUUCGGUAAAUGAAGUUGGUGCUCAGUUCUACAUUUACGUUAACAAAAUUGACAUUUUACCAGAGAAUUCUGUUGAAAAACAACUUGUCAUUGGCUCAAUUUCUAUUCUGAUUUAUGAAUAGGAAAAAAAUAUAGUGUGAAAAGAUGUUCAUUUGUUGUUAAAUCAUAUGUAUUAGUGCUUUACUGUAUUUGGAAAAUGAUUACAAUCUGGUAAAAUCAUGACCGUUGCUAAUGACUGUGACCUGUGGACAAUAACAUGUUGGCUGAAUUGUUUUACACGUGUAGAUUACAGUAGGGUAACGUGCAAUGUAUAUUUUAUUUUGUCAAGAAAAGAAUUAGUAUUUAUUACCUUAGAAAUAGAUUUUUAUAUAAAGUAUAUAGUUAUAAUACACUAAAGCAAAUUUAGAAACGUAAUGCUUUCCUCCAGACUAGUCCGGAGUAAAUGACAGCUGAAUGAGUCUGUAGUGAUCUUUACCUGCUGUGGUAGAGUGCAUCACUGUAAAUCUCAUUUGUUACUCUCUAUUUAGACUCACUUUAUCAACCUGAUAAGCAGCGAAGUGAGCAUUAGCACCACAAUCACUAAUGUGGAAGUCAUUGAGCCUAACAGCGCUUUAUGUCAAAAUAACAGAAUAAUAGUUUUCAACUAUAUUUACCUGAGCGACUGCAUUUAUCUGGCCAAGCUGUUAUUAGAAUAGAUAGGAGUCAUAAUAAAAUGUGCAAUCUGCAACCUAAUGUCUGAGCUGAUAAUGAGACAGGAAACUAUAGAGCAAGUGCUAUUAAUGUAAAAGGACUGGUAAACAACACUUUAGUGGAAGAGUUCCUGUUGUUUGAUUAGAACGACUAAUCUGGUUUAUUCAUUAUUUUUUCUCUGUAAUUUCUCAUUUUCACAAAGGGGAUAAUGAGGACUAUGACUACCUUAUUGUGUUGACCUCUAUGACAAUCCAAGAAAAUACUUUGUUCAAUCAAAACAAAGAGUGUCAUUCCAAAAUGAGAUAUCCACCAUCUUGAAAACCAGACUCCUUUUAUUAUAUGAAUGGCAGCACGCCAUUGGGUUAUGGUAGUUUCAUAAGAUUCUUAAGAUCUAUUGGGGCAUUUAAAGCACCUUCAUUUUUUUUUAAAGUAAUUUAAAAGGCCAAAAUUAUGAGAGAGACACUGAUAUAAUGACGUUUGGCGUUCUUGCUGCCAACUGAACGCUAAGUUAUGUAAGUUAGCCGAUUUAUAGACCUAUACGUGUGUAGGCUGCAGGUGAUUUGAGGGGGGAUGCCAAAUGACCAUAGUGCAUCCCCUUUGUUAACCUGCCAACCCCCCUCUCCAUGUCCUAGUAGCA